GCAUGGAUCAAUGCAUAAGAUGAAUCAUAAAGGGUAGCUGAUUUGUGGAAAAGGUGAUUUAAUUGCUGAAGAUUCAUCAGAUUCCUCAACAGUUUCACCAUACCAGAUUCAGAUGAACCCAAACAAGUCGCGGAACGAUGGAAUGGCUACUUCAAAUGUAAAAGAUUCAUCAAUAGUGCCUUCAUCACAGCAUGGUAACCAAAUGGAAGGACAACCGAAUAAUUUAGAGAAUGAAUUGACUAAGAUGCUUCAAAAUGUGCCUCUUCCAAACAUUCAAAAUGUGGAUGAGCAAUGCAUUUAUAGGGUACCGCCAAAUACUCGUAAGCGUUAUCCCGUAUCAUACAUACCUCGUAUAGUUGGCAUUGGUCCUUACCAUCGCAAAGGUUCUUACCAUCGCAAAGAAUCUGACCAUCUCAACCAUCUCAAAGUUUCUUACCAUCCCGAAGACGCAGAGAAUCGGCUUAAAUUGAAAUAUGUGCAGGCAUUCCUAUCUCGAACAAAGCUAUCUGUGGGAGAAUUGGUUGGAAAAAUUGAACACAUGCGCACAAACAUAGAAAGUAUUCGAAGUUGUUAUGCGCAGACUUUUGAAUAUAAAGAUGAUGUGUUUUUUAGGAUAAUUUUAGUUGAUGCUCUCUUCAUAAUUGAGCUCUUCCUAAGAUGGCACGAAGACACGGAAGAAAAGAAAAAAGACGAUACAAAGUCAGAAGGCCAUACGAAGUCAAAAGACCAUACAGUGUUAAAACCAUGGAAGCGUCAGCUGAUUAGGCAUGACUUGGUGCUACUGGAAAAUCAACUUCCAUUCUCUGUUCUUCAACAACUUUACGACAAUUGUGUCCCCAAUAUCAAGAAACCAGUCCACCAUGCCACCGGUGAACCAGUUCCCGAUACCGUCGAUGAACCACUUCCAGGUACCCCCUGCUUUUUUAAGAUAUGUGUCAACUGUAUAUGCACUGGUACGAAUUGUUUCAACCGUAUACCCACUCCUUCGAAUGGAACACCGGCUGCUACGAAUCAAAUAAUCUCCUUUCUUCAGCUUUCUUUCAACUGUCUUCAUAGCACAAGUUUUCAAACCGAGUGUCCAAGAGAGACUCCACGACACUUCACUGAUUUGUUAAGAUCUUCAAUAAUAUCAUCAUCAACGAUUGAUAUUCAAAACCCCAUAAAAGGCCAAAAAGAUGUUAAUCAUGUAUACACCGCAAGCCAGCUGAUGGAGGCAGGUCUUAAGUUCAAGGUCAGUCCAAAUAAAAGCUUUCUUGACUUGACAUAUAUAGAUGGAGUGUUGAGCAUGCCAGUCUUGAAUAUAAAUGGCAGUACAGAAAUUUUUUUCAGGAAUAUGAUGGCAUAUGAAUAUUACCACCAUUCGGCUACAAAAGUCCUUAUUCAGUAUGUAACCAUCCUAAAUUUUCUUAUCCAUACUGAAAAAGAUGUCAACAUACUUAUUGACAACAAAAUUAUUUUAAAUUGGACUGGUGAUGCUAAGACGGUGGUUACAAUAAUUAAUCAUCUGAACUCAAGUUUUAGUAUGCCAGACUUCAUUCCACAUUAUUUCUCCAUCUGCAAUAGCUUAAAUAAAUUCUAUGAAAAUCCAUGCAACAAGCUCAAGGCUAGCCUCAGACAAGGCUACUUCAACACUCCUUGGAAAAAGUUAUCUACUUGUACUGCAGUUCUUCUAGUUUUCCUGGCGUUAGCUCAGACCACAUUUUCAGCCAUCUCACUAGCAAAGAAAUUAUGACAAUUUCAAUACUUAAACAAUGCUGUGGAACAAGUCAAACUCAUAAAAUUGUUAAUGUGAAGGUAAUUGAAGAGAGGAUUCAUUAAAUAAGCAACAAGGAAGUCAGUUGGUGAAGAAAGUAUUUGAUGUUUGUAUUUGAGUGUCUCGGUGUAAGGAAAACUUUGUGAUGUGAUUUACUGUGUUGUUGCUUUUCAUUCAUUGAAGAUUCAGCUUGUUUUCUGUUUUCUCUAUUUGGAUUUCAGUGUGAUUGUGGUGUUAUUUACUCUGAUGUUGCUUUUCUUUAAAUGAAGAUUCAACUUGUUUCUGUUUUUCCUA